AAAUAAUUGUAGUACGAAAAGACGCAUGCUCUAAGUGACUUGACCGAAUCUAAAAUUAUUCCUGGUUGCGCCUGUAAAGUGGUUGGUGAGUCUCUGAUAUCAUCCUCGGUCGCAGUUUUCCCGUGAAAAUCCCUGAAGAAACGCUAUACUGUGCAAUUUUCUCUCCAUUUGCGGAAGAAAUAAAAAUUCAAAUAGCUCAUCCCACGGGACACUCUGGCAAGUGGUUGUUUGGGCAAAUUCCACAGGGAGCACUUCCUGGUUUUUCCACUGCUGGCUCUUUAGAGUGUGUGGACAAUAUUGGGGAUUUUAGUGGUGGAAUAAAAUAAGCUUUUAGCAUGACAUGAUUUCGCUAUAUCGUGUGCAUAAGAAAUUCAAGUGGCUCUCUGAAGUGCAAGUGUAAAAGUUGCAUAUCGUCCAAAGGGGGUUUAAUUUUAGCCAAGAGAGUGCUUAAGUGUGUUCUGUGGGUGGAGGUUAUUCUCUUUUUUUUUUUGGUUUUUAUAUUAGGACAAGUGGGGAAAUAUGAGAUUCACCUCUGAUGAUGAUCCAAAGUGUCCAAAAUGUUCAAAGGCCGUCUUUAUGGCGGAAGCCAGAGGAGCUGGAAAGUACAAAUGGCACAAAAAUUGCUUCUAUUGCCAGGUCUGCCACAAAACACUAGACUCCCUGAAUUGCUGUGAACACGGCAAGGAGUUGUACUGUAAAGUGUGUCACGCUCGUCGAUAUGGCAUGAAAGGAUAUGGAUUUGCAGGCCUUGCAGCUGAAACUCUAGACUCCAUUUACUUGGAUGCACUCGUGGAUGAUACCCCAUCGAAACCCACUACCCCGCGAGUUCUGCGAAAGGCAAAGGAAGGAGAAGGAUGUCCUCGGUGUGGGAUUCAUGUAUAUGCGGCUGAACAAAUGCUGGCCCGCGGCAAAGGUUACCACAGGCGAUGCUUCAAGUGUCUCAACUGCAACAGAACACUGGAUUCAACAACUCACUGCGAUGGCCCCGAUAAGGAGAUUUACUGUCGAGGUUGCUAUGCACAGAAGUUUGGGGCUCGCGGAUAUGGGCACAUUGGGGUAUCCUCAUUGGGACUCAUGUCAGAUAUUAAAGAUAAAGAUUGGCAGAGUGAAUUGGCGCCAAAAACCGCCGAGGUCGAUCCAUCAAAGAUUCAAGCAAAGGACGGCUCUGGAUGCCCCCGUUGCGGAGGGGUAGUCUUUGCAGCCGAACUGGUGAUUUCCAAGGGACGUGGCUGGCACAGAAAGUGCUACAAGUGCAAAGAUUGCACCAAGACACUAGAUUCCAUAAUUGCAUGCGAUGGUCCCGACAGAGAUGUCUACUGUAAGACAUGCUAUGGAAAACGCUGGGGACCCCAUGGAUAUGGGUUCGCAAAUGGAUACGGAUUCCUACAGACAGACAUAUCGGAGGAGGAAUUGGCAAAUAGUCGACCGUUUGCCAAUCUCGAUACAACGUCCAUUAAGGCACCCGAGGGUGAGGGAUGUCCGCGAUGCGGCGGAAUGGUAUUUGCGGCAGAACAACAAUUGGCACGUGGCACAAUGUGGCACAAGAGAUGCUAUAACUGCAAUGAAUGUCAUCGACCGCUCGAUUCGAUGUUGUCCUGCGACGGACCCGACAAGGAAAUUCACUGUCGCGCUUGCUAUGGAAAAUUAUUUGGGCCCAAGGGCUUUGGUUAUGGACACACACCGACACUUGUUUCAACGACGGGGGAGGCACCAGUGAUUGCGCAAGAUGCAGUUCCGAAAACCGGCCCAAAGAAAGUAGAGAAUGGCAAUGGAUGCCCCAGAUGCGGCUUCCCAGUUUAUGCAGCUGAACUUAUGAUCAGCAAGAAUCGAGUAUGGCACAAACGCUGCUUCUCAUGCAUAGAUUGUGGCAAACACUUGGACUCCAUGAAUCUCAACGAUGGACCCAACUUAGAGAUCUACUGCCGUGGGUGCUACAACAGAAAUUACGGCAUUAAGGGUUUUGGUUUUGGUAUGGGUGCUGGAACCCUUACGGCAAUGGUUUAGCCAAGAAAAAAAAAAGAAAACUUGUAAGACCAACACCAAAGUGGUCAGACUAGGAGGAAAAUGAGAAAGGCCAAUAACAAUGAUUUAAUGAAGUCGUUUACAUUGAAUUGAAUUACACUUGAAUAAUCGCAUUAAGAAGUGGCAGAGGAAAAACACACACACACAUAAGAAUGAAGAAAGUCUAGAAAGUUGUAAAAGAGAGAGAAAUUUAUGUUCUUUUGCUCUUUAACCCUCUUACUCAUCUCCGACCCCUACCACCCUUUAUUCUUUAUUUUUUUCUUGAGUACUCCAUCUUCAAUGAAUAAAAGUUUAUCCUUCAA